CCUUGUUUACUCCCUGUCAGCUGCACUCUUUUGAAGAAAAAGCCUCUUCAGUGCUGCGUGAUGGACUUGUUUUUCGUCUAAGCCCUGGACAUCAUUAACAGCCGGAGGGGGACGUGCUGUAACUUUGACGAUAGUGGGCAGCCGGGUGUCUAUAAAAGGAAGGAGAGAUGUGUGCCAACUCACCUCCACCUCCCAAGGACCCGGCUGCAGAAUGUUUUCCUUCAUGAUUUGCAUCUCGAUGCUCCAUCAAGUGUACUCUGCCUGCGUUGUGCAAGACAUUUGCCCAGAAAACACAGCGGUCCAGGCGGAGAUCGUUGACCAGCAUAAUGCCUUCAGGAGAGCGGUUCAGCCGACAGCUUCUGACAUGCUAGAAAUGAACUAUAGUGAGGAGGUAGCAGCCAAUGCUCAGGCCUGGGUUGAUAAAUGUAUUCUUGCUCAUGGAGCACCCAGCACACGCAUGAUCAAUGGAUACGAAUUAGGUGAGAAUCUGUUCUACUCGUCCUCACCUUACCCAUGGACGGACGUCGUCGGUGCCUGGCACAGUGAGGUGUCCCACUACCUGUAUCCCAACGGGUCGACCAACGGAGGAACUAUCGGUCACUACACACAGGUGGUGUGGAAUAGCUCUUACAGAGUUGGCUGUGGAAUGACACUGUGCCCUAACAACAUCUAUUUCUACGGCUGCCACUAUUAUCGAGCAGGAAACUUCAGGGGUUGGCUGCCUUAUAAAGCGGGACCUCCGUGUGCUUCUUGCCCGAAUGCCUGCAUAGACAAACUCUGCACCAACCCUUGUCCUUAUAUAAACAGCUACAUCAACUGUCCAACCUUGAAAGCCAGGGUGGGAUGCGGCAAUAAGCUGGUGUAUGCAUGGUGUCCUGCUUCAUGCAAAUGCAUCAACAAAAUCAUUCCAAUUGCCUAAAGAAACAUUCUUCAGUCUGCAAACUUACUAUACUUUAAGUUUUCACACUAUUUGCAUGUUUGUUGUUGGUUCUUUGCAUGUGAGGGAAGCUUAUUUCACGUAAAGAAUGUAAAGAAGAAUUUGAAGAAUAUACUCAGCGCAGCCUCUGCAGUUUAAUUUUUGUGAAGCUCUAACAGGGGGUGAACAUAGUGGAGCAUUUAGCUGCAGGAGUUGGUGGAGACCAAAACAGAGCUAAAAAGAGUGAGUACUGUACUUAAAGCUACAGUGUGUAAUAUUUAGAAAAACUUAUUAACAGAAAUUUAAAAUAUUCUCCAUUACUGUGUGUUCAUUUAUGUAUAAUCACCUGCAACAAAGAGCCAAUGUCUUUUCAUAAACUUUGAAUGAGGUAA